CGCAGUUUACACGCUCCGUGUGUCUAUGGUGAAGCCCGCAAACGUGUGACAGCUGCACCAUCUGCAUAGAUCUUCUUGCGUUGGUUUCAUUUUCGCGCAUUUCUAACUAAAAUGAAUGAUAUCACGCCAAGCACCGUAGAACCGAAUGUAAAGACUUGCGGAAACAUCUUUUUGAGUCUUUCACAGUAAGUCGAUAAAUACUUAAAAUACCUAAUAGUACUGCAUCUUUACUUUUCAUCAUUUUAAAUCAUCUAAGUCUCACGGAAAUUAACUAACGCAUGGUUUUACUACAGUAACCAUGGUUUAACUAUGCAUUUGUAGUGAAACCAUAAUAACCACAGAUUUUACAUUUUAUCUCACUAACGGAACCAUAUUUAACAAUAACAUUCAUAGAAAAACGGUAACAGAUAAUAUUCAAUAAUAGCUAAAGUUACACAGCACAUUUCUCUCAUAUUCAACACGUCUGUUUCGAUAUGCGGUCGAUUGCAGAGAUAUCCAUAAACUGAAUAUAGUGUGUCAGAUUUAGAAGGCAACCAUACACAGCUUGAAAUGGUUUACAGUUAAAAUCUAUGCCGAUGGGUGCAAAGGCCGUUUAGCGAAGUCGGGGCAGUCCUGGCUAGACAGCAGUCCUAUCUACUUGGAUGGAGGAGGACGGAUAUUUCUAAUAGAUACAGAUGUCUCUGGCAAAAACCACAGUUAAUAUUAGUCCAGACUCUGUAGGCGCUAGGCUCGAGAGUCCACGAUGGUACGUGGGAGUGCAUUUUGCCGAAAAUAUAGGCUAUGGAAGGCCAGAUUGACAAAUAUUUCUUUAGAACAUUGUGUAUCGUGUUCACAAUCGUGUGUAUGUGUGUUUACUGUAAAGCUGCUUUGCAACACUACAAAAUUAAAAAAAUUGAUAAAGAAAUUAAUUUGAAUUGAUUUAUCCACAAAAUAGGGUAAGUGUAACAUUACACCAAAAAUAUACAAGAGACCUGCCUGAUACUUAUAUGAUUUUUUUGUUUUAUUUUACAUUUACAAUUAGCAGACACUUCUCUCAAAAAGCGACUUACAAAUUAGGUGACUCACAAUUUUUUAGGACUGACAGCUGUUUCUUUUGAAUGACAUGAAGAAGAUCAGCAUUGCUUCUGUAAUGAGUGUCAAGGAGAUGGAGGAGGACACUGCAGCAUCUCCAGUAUCCAGCUCUGUGUCUAUAACCAGUAAUGAGUCAAUAGUUAGUCUGCCUAAUCUCAGUGAUGAAACACUGACAUCUGACCCUGGUAUUCAGAGGGAUGUUCUGAUCCAGAUUCAGUCCAGAUGUGGAGUUUGUGAGCAGGUUCAGACAGAUGCAGUCUCUAUCACCUGUGGACAUAGUUUCUGCAGACACUGUAUCAACCGUUACUGGGACCAGGCCAGAACAUCAGAAGACUUUGACUGUCCUCAAUGUAGAAAGAGAUCAAGAACCCGUCCAGUUCUAAAAUCACACAAACACCUAGAGGAAUCUAGUUCUGCUGGUUCUGCUCACCGCUGCCCAGAAUCAGACCUGCUUGAAGAGACUGAAGACCAUCAGCAGGGUUCACAUCAGCCAGUGGUUGAUGUUCUGCAGAGAGUGAAAGAUAUACACAAAACCAGCAUGAAGGACAAGUAUGAGAGUUUAUUUGAGGGAAUCAAAAUACAAGAGAAUCAAACCCUCCUGAAGAGAAUUUACACACAGCUGUACAUCAUAGAGGGAGAGAGUGAAGGAGUGAAUGAAGAACAUGAGGUUUUGCACAUGGAGAUAAAGCCCCAAACACAACACUUACAAGAUACUCCAAUCUACUGCAAUGACAUCUUUAAAGUCUUAUCUGAAGCACAAUAUCAAAGAGAGAAAAUCAAGAGUGUUCUUACUAAAGGCAUCGCUGGAAUUGGAAAAACAGUCUCUGUGCAGAAGUUCAUUCUAGAUUGGGCCGAGGGAACGGCCAAUUGGGAUGUAGAUUUCAUCUUUGUGCUUCCGUUUCGAGAGCUCAACUUGAUCCGACACAAUCGCUACAGUCUUCACAAACUUCUGCUGGACUUUCAUCCUGAACUUCAAGAUCUGAACUCAAAGAUGUAUGAUGCGUGUAAAGUUGUUUUCAUCUUUGAUGGUCUGGAUGAAAGCAGAAUGCCACUGAUGUUUUCAGAUGAUAGUGAGAAAGUUUGUGAUGUGACUGAGACUUCAUCAGUGUCUGUGUUGAUGUCAAACCUCAUGAAAGGUGAUCUGCUCCCCUCUGCCCUCAUCUGGAUCACUUCCAGACCAGCAGCAGCCAAUCAGAUCCCCUCCAAAUACAUCCAGCGUGUGACAGAAAUCCAGGGAUUCAAUGACGCACAGAAGGAGGAAUAUUUCAGGAAGAGAAUCAGUGAUGAGCAUCAAGCCAGCAGAACCAUCUCACACAUUAGAAGAGUGAGAAGCCUCCACAUUAUGUGUCACAUACCAGUCUUCUGUUGGAUCUCAUCCACUGUGCUUGAAAAUAUCCUGAAACAAGACAACAAGAGAGCAGAAAUCCCUCAAACUCUGAGUGAAAUGUACAUCCACUUCCUGCUGAUUCAGAUGAAGAUGAAGAAUCAGAAGUAUGAUCCAGAGAGAGAUCCAGAGAAACUCCUGCGGUUCAACAGAGAGGUGAUUGUGAAACUGGCUGAAGUAGCUUUCAAACAGCUGAUGAAGGGCAAUGUGAUGUUCUAUGAGGAGGAUCUGAGAGAGUGUGGGAUAGACAUCACUGACAAUGCCUUGCUGUAUUCUGGCAUCUGCACUCAAACCUUUAAGGAGGAAUCUGUAAUUCAUCAGAGGAAAAUCUACUGCUUCAUACAUCUCAGCUUUCAGGAGUUCCUUGCUGCUCUCUAUGUGUUUUACUAUUACAACAGCCUAGGCACUUCACAGUUUUUUGAUGUAAUUUAUACUGUACUGAAAGGUGCAGUGGAUAAAUCCCUUCAGAGUGAAACUGGUCAUCUGGAUCUUUUCCUGCGAUUUCUGCUGGGGAUCUCACUGGAGUCCAAUCAGAGUCUCUUAAAGGAUCUACUGACACACACGGUGGACACCUCAGAGAGCAUCAGAGAAACUAUUACAUAUAUCAAAGACAAGAUCAAAGAUGGUCGGGAUUUCUCCACUGAACGAUCCAUCAAUCUGUUUCUGUGUCUGCUUGAAGUGAAUGAUCAAACUCUGUACAGAGAGAUUGAGGAGUUUGUGAGAUCAGACAAACAGUCAGAGAAGAAACUCUCUGUUGCUCACUGUUCAGCAAUAGCCUACAUGCUUCAAAUGUCAGAGGAGGUGGUGGAUGAGUUUGAUCUGAAGAAAUACAACACAACAGAGGAGGGCAGAAGAAGACUCAUACCAGCUGUCAACAACUGCACAAAAGCUCUUCUUGCUGACAGUAAACUGACUCAUCAGUGUUGUGAAAUCAUCGCUUCAGCUCUCCAAUCAUCAAACUCUCCUCUGAGAGAGCUGGAUUUGAGUAACAAUGACCUGCAGGAUUCAGGAGUGAAGCUGAUCUCUGAUGCUCUCAAGAGUCACAACUGUCAACUACACAUACUGAGGCUGUCAGGUUGUAUGGUGAGCGAUGAAGGAUGCGGUUAUUUGGCUUUAGCUCUGAGUUCAAACCCUUCACACCUGAGAGAAUUGGAUCUGAGCUACAAUAACCCACAACAAUCAGGAGUUCAGCUUAUCUCUCAUUUAAAUGAUCCAAACUACAGACUGGAGACACUCAAUUUGGACCAUGGAGGAGAGAGCAGGAUUACACCAGGACUACGAAAAUACGCCUGUGAUUUCACACUGGAUCCAAACACAGCAUACCCUCAACUUGUUCUAUCUGAGGGGAACAGAAAGGUCACACGUGUGAAAGAGUCUCAGCCGUAUCCUGAUCAUCCAGACCGAUUUGAUUACUAUUGUAAUGUUUUGUGUAGAGAGAGUCUGACUGGACGCUGUUACUGGGAGGUUGAAUGGAACGGACAAGGAGCUCGUACUUCAGUGGUUUAUAAAGGAAUCAGGAGGAAAGGCAUGAGCAAGGACUGCUGGUUUGACUACAGUGAAAAUUCCUGGAGUCUGACCAUCACUCCUAAAAGAUUCAUUGCCUGUCACAAUAGUAAUAAAACAGACAUUCCUGCUCCAUCACCUCACUCUAAUAGAGUAGGAGUGUAUGUGGACUGUCUGGCCGGCACUCUAUCCUUCUACAGCGUCUCUGACACGCACACAUUCACACACUUGCACACAUUCAACACAACAUUCACUGAACCACUAUAUGCUGGACUUAUGAUUUAUCCAGACUCAUAUGUGAUGUUGCUGUGAUCCCCUUAAACAUACCUGUUUUUAGGGUUGCCAACUUUCACUUGUCACUGAAAUACGGGAUAAAAGUUUUUCGAUUCAUUUUCGAUUAAUAAUGUAGUUUAAAAAUGCUAAAAUGAAUGAACAAAUUUCUGUUCAGUUCUAAGAGCCCCGUGUUUAACUCAUUCACACAGACACAUACAUAAACUAUGCGAAUAAAUAACAAAAUAUAACAAAAA